AUGAAGAGGAAGGAUGUGUCUAGAAAAGGGGUUACAAUUAUUUCUUUCCUGUCGGCAGAGGCUUCUGGCCAUUUUCUGUCCGGUAUGUGGCCACGCCGGCUCCGUGCUCCGUGUGUUUACAAAGCCCGCACACGCGCGAGCACGGCCCACGGGCCCGAGGCUCGCCGCUGCCGGGCGGGCCCGCCCGCCCGGGGCGGUGCCGGCGCUGCGCGGGGCCGGGCCGGGCCGGGCCGGGCCAUGCGGGCCGCGGCGGCGGCGGCGGCCGCGGGGGGCCUGGGCGCGGCGGCGGCCGCCGCGGCGAAGCUGGCGCUGGGCCCGGGCGGGGAGGCGGCCGGCGGCCUGCUGCCAGUGUUGCUUCGCCUCAUCUGUGUUGGGCUGGUGUUUGUGUGCAAUGCAGUGAUGUGGGCAGUCUUCACAAAAGCCUUACGACUCUCCUCCUCCUCAGCUGCUGCCUCGGUGACAACGACAGCUUCCAACUUCAUCUCCUCGGCUAUCCUAGGAAAAUUGCUCUUCGGGGAGACGUGGACGCCUCUGUGGUGGGUCGGCCUCACCAUGACAGUCUGUGGGCUCAUGCUGCUGCACACUGCUGCACCCCAGCUGGUGCAGGUCCCAGCGGAGAAGAAGGAGUGAUGGUUCCUUCCAGAUAGCCUGAAGGGGUCAUGGUGCCAUGCUUCCCCUCUCCAGCCUGUCUCAGAACAGUAUCCCCAGUCCCCACUGGCCUCUGAACACAUCAGCUACCGAACUGCUAACCCCUGCUCACUGCUCGUCUGCUGACUUCCAAAAUCAAGUUGGUCACAUCUUUCCUGGUGGUGGUAUGUGGCAGUGGCAGCUUCAGAGGGAGCUGGUCAGCUCUGAGUCAGUAUGGUGAAAAUCAGGGCCACAGGCUUAUCAGCCACUCCUCCUCUUCACACUCUGUGGCUGUGGAGCUUUCUCAGUUUGGGGAAUGCUGAAAGUACACAAAUUAAACAUAGUGGCUGUGGAAGGGGCUUGUACAUCAAUAUUUUUCCAUGAAAGGACCUAUACCAAAAUAGAAAAGUAAUUAGAGUUAGAUGCUGAAGGUUAUUUCUGCUCUGUUGUUCCUGACUUCCUGUCUUUUGAAAUGGUUCUGUGCCCACUGCUACCUGUAAGGCUGUGGAGAUUUUCAUUAAUUCUUUUAGCUUCCUCUAUCAGUCACAUACACCUUUUAACUUGCCAUUUGUAUCUGACAUCUAGAAUUUUCACUUACCCAUUCCUGACAUGUUAGUCACUGUAAGGUUGCGGCGCUUUCCUUUAAACCUUUACCCAGCAUAGAGUUUUGAUCACAAUUCCUGCUUUGUGUAGGUCAAACUAAUUUUGGGACAGUUCAACAGGCAAUCUGCUUUCACUUGGAGUGUUCAUGUUCAACACAUCUUUCAUCCCCACUCAAGUUGACAAUUGCUUUAAUGUUUGGUAAAAGGGAGUUUCUCAAGACACAUUUUUUCUACAGCUCUGGAUGAUGCUUAUUCCCAUUGAUGUGAUGUGAUCAACCAAACCACUGGUAUCUGCUAAAUUUUGCAUCAGUCAUUACUCUGUGUUCAGGUGUCAAUUUGGUGAAUGUGUCACGAAUCAUCAUUUUUAAGGUAUCGGAUUCAUUCCCCUGCCCACUACUUUUUUUUUCCUCCUUUGAAAUUCUUCGGUUGGAAUCCUAAUUAAGAAAUAUAAUGAUGCCUAUAAACGUAUGCAUCAUGCUGGUGAUAUCGCUUGCUCUGGGCUUGCCAGGUUGUCUCCGUCAGACAGAAGGUGAGUCACAGUUGUGGCAUGUGCAGAAAACCUAAGGACACAUUUCUGUGAGCAUCUGUAUCAGAAUCUGUCAGGUCUGUCAUGACUGGCAGAUCUGUGCUGUGUCAAGUGUAAAAUAGACUUGUGGAUGGAAAUGCCACUGGCGUUGGGUUUGUGCCUUCUUCGAAUCAGAAGAGUUACUAUCUUUCAGAAGAGGCCAAGAGCCAUUUGCUCUGUUCCCUGUCAUUCUAGCUCACUCCAUCUAGCAGCCAUGUCCCAAGAGGGCUAAAGCCUUUGCCUCUCCCCUCAAUGUGCUCUCAAGUCUUCCUGUAAAAGAGGGGAGCUGUAUAUGUUGGGGAGAGGGCAGAGUGCUCUGAGUGCCUUCCCUCCCUGCCACCAUGAGUUUUGCACCUAGGGAGCUCUCUGGUGGCAGUCGUGGUAGGAUGGGACAAAUCCAGUUGCCUGGGAAACUGGGACCCAGCAUCUGUAAUAGGUCUGUAGACAUGCCAGCCAGGAACCUUGCAUUUCUAAGUACAUCAGGUCUCCUUAGAUCUUCAUAGAUGAUGGAAAAUUAAUGAAGUCUGAUUUAUUUGCCCUGGUUAUUAACCCUCAGCCAGCGGUAAGCCAUGGCUGCCUUCAUGCAAAAACCAGUAGAAGAGCCAGGCUCUCUGGUUAAUUUGGCUGUUGUUCUAUUUCCUAACAAACUAUUUGGAAAGCUUUUUAACCUGGACUAUCUCAAAACUGACAUUUCUUUAUUACAGUCAUUAUUGGAGGUCAAGGUUUAGGAGGUAUUUCUUUGGAAGUGGAACGUGUGCAGGAGGUGUGAGCAGCACUUUACUUUGUGGUGCUCACCUUAAGGUGGAUGAAUAUAAACCAGGGCUGUAAAUUCUCUCAUAAAUACUUGAAGGUGGAAACGGAAGUAAGUUUUUCUCCAAUUCCCAUGGUAAGAUAAGAGUUCAUUUUUUGGCAGAAUCCCACCCCUCUUGUGUACACAAGAGUUUGGCCAUGUCUGCCAGCAGGGCCAGGGCUACAAGAAAAAUUGUAAUCACUGUGUGGCAAAGCAAUGUACUUCUGGUAAACCAUUCAUAUGGGAUCAUCCAAAAUGUGGCUGAAGGUAAUUAAAAAAAUAAAAAGGAGGGGGAUUUCCAAAAUAAAACUGUGUCCAAAGCUCAA